AUGAAGUACAGUAUCGUUUCGUUUGUGCUCUGCGUCUUCACGUUCCUCCACCUCACAGUCGCGCACAAUGUGUUGUUGUCGCCAUAUAGGAAGUCCUGUUUCUUUGAAAAGUUGAAGAAGAACGACGAAUUGGCGGUCUCUUUCCAGGUUGGGAGUAGAAACGCACAGGAAGCCGAACAGCUCACCGCUGAUUUCUGGGUUAUUUCUCCACAGGGCCAGAUCGUCAAGACCUUGGAAAAUGUUGCCCACGGCGACAUCUCCGUCAGAGCCGUUGUGGACGGUAGAUAUCAGUACUGCUUUUCUAACGAAAAGUCGAGCGAGGCGCAAAAGGAUAUCUCCUUCAACGUCCACGGGGUUGUGUAUGUCGAUGUAAACGAUCCAGAGGGCGACGCGUUGGACUACGCCAUUAGAAGAUUGUCUCAGUUGACUGUCGAUGUCAAGAAUGAGCAGAGUUAUUUGGUUGUCAGAGAGAGAACUCACAGAAACACCGCCGAGUCCACCAACUCCAGAGUCAAGUGGUGGUCCAUCUUCCAGUUAGUCAUUGUCGCCGCCAACUCCGUGUUCCAGAUCUUUUUCUUGAGAAGAUUCUUCGAGGUCAAGUCGGGAGUGUAGUUUAUAGGAAUAAACGUUACAGAAUGUGACUGGCUGUAGAAUCCAUCGUGCAGCUUACAUCUAAGGCUCUGUAACAGAGCUGGCCAACGGUUGAGAUUGUGCCGGCAAGUUAGAGACUUUGCGGAUAUGGAUCUAACUGGGAGUACGACUAGUGUCGAGCUUGUUACAUUCCCAAGUUUUGCUGACAGACGUGUUUCGUAGGCUAGCCUAAUUUGUUUGUGUGCAUUGUCUGGAAUGUAUUUUAAAUUUCUCGG